AUGGCUGCCAUUACAGCGGCUCGGGGCGCUCCCACAGCCCUGACGCCACCGAGCAGCAGCCAUGGAGAUGAACCGUCGUGGAGGUACCGGGACCAACGUGAAGAGGCGUAUGACCGAUCUGGUGCCGGAUACUACGACGUCGAGGCGCCGCGGCUCAACGGAAACUCCAGCAAUCACUACGACUCACGUUUGGACGGCAGGACGCAGAAGAUGCAGGAUGACCACCGAGCCAGCGCACCGUGGGACGCACAUGCAGAGGGCGGCGUCCAGUCGCCCGUCGAGUUCGACAACAUCCGGUCAGACUGGUCCACCGGCGAGCCCGAGACAGACGACUUUACGCACCGCGGCCGCGCAGAUUCCACCGUCGGCGAGGUUGAGUCGAAAUGGAUACACCGGGACAAGCUGGCCCAGAUAGAAAGCGAGGAGCUGCAGGCAGCUGGCUUCAUCCCCAGCAAGCCCAGGUCACGAGCCCCCAGCAAGCAGCGACGAGACAAGAGCGCCCGGAGGGGCACCGACGCGGCAGAGACUCGGCCCAAGCAGGAAGGCUCUGGAGACGCCCCGGCAUCGCCUUGGGACUUCAAAGUUCCGGACGAGGUGGUAGAUGAGCAGGGGAACAGUGCCUCUGCCGCUGCCAACGCCAAGGGGGGCUCGAGAAUACCUGUUGCCAAGGUUAAACUGGCCCCCAGCGCUCCGGUCGAGAAACCCAAGCCGGCGCAGCGGUCUACCACCGACACGUCGCCCAAGAAGCCGACGGCGAACCGCAAGAAUUCGGAACCCGCCAACACGAAGCCAAAGGCCGCCGGACGCCCCAAGACUCGAUCAGGACCCAGCAAGGACUCGACCAGCAAUGGACGGCCCACCACGCGAUCCGGCGAAGCCUCUCUCAACAAGCAGCCCGAGGGUAACCCGCCCUGGAUGGUCAACAGCUACAAACCAGAUCCUCGCCUGCCUCCGGAACAGCAAAUCAUACCGACCGUCGCAAAGAGGCUUUUGCAGGAGAAGUGGGAGCAGGAGGGCAAGUUUGGCGAUGCCUACGACAAGGAUUUCCGGCCCCUCAACACCAAUUCGCUGCCAGUGUUUUCGCAGAAUUCUGCGUCGCAGGAAGAGGCCAAGCAGGAGGCCCCCGCCGAGGAAGAAGCCAAGUCGCCCGAGACGGCGCCCCAGUCGGACGAGUGGCCGCUCAAGGCAGAGCCCCCCAAGAGCCCACUGCCGCGCCUGGGCUCGUCCUAUUCCACGAUGCCCAAGAUUUCCGACGUGCAGCCGCCCAAGAGCCCUCUGCCUGGCCAGCGACCCCCCAUGACACCCCAAGGAACGGCGCAAUCACAGAGCCAGCUCAGCGAAAAGGCCCAGAGCACCCAGAGGAUCCCCGAUGUUCCGGACGACCAGGAACAAAAAGGAGGCUGCGGCUGCUGUGUCGUCAUGUAA